GAAAGUUUUGUGCACUCUACUGCUCCUGGUAGAGGCCGUCAUGGGUAACUGGUGGAACUUAGCAGCACCGAAUAGGCCUAUCCAAUCAUCCAACACUUCAUUGGAAAUUUUUACGACAUUGCACAAGGAAAGCUGUCACAGGUUGGAGUACCUUGUCGAGCGACAAAAGCAAUUGUGUAUGCUUUCUGAUAAAAUGGUGCAGGUGAUUCAAAUGGGAGCGCAGCAGGCGAUUGAAGAGUGUCAGCAUCAGUUUCGAAAUAGCCGCUGGAACUGCAGUACUGUUGACAACUCUACUGAUAUAUUUGGCGGUGUGCUAAAAUUUAAAUCACGCGAAUCUGCUUUUGUUCACGCACUAUCUGCAGCAGCAUUAGCACAUACUGUAGCACGGUCCUGCAGUCGGGGCGAACUAAAUGAGUGUUCUUGCGAUGCUCGUGUGAGAAAGCGUACACCACGGCACUGGCAGUGGGGUGGCUGUUCAGAGGAUAUAAGAUACGGCGAAAAGUACAGUCGAGACUUUGUAGACGCUAAAGAAGAUAAGGAAACUGAUGAAGGUCUAAUGAACUUACAUAACAAUGAAGCAGGUCGUAGAGCUGUUCGUGGGAGAAUGCAGCGUGUGUGCAAGUGUCACGGAAUGUCCGGGUCUUGCUCCGUGCGUGUGUGCUGGCGUCGUUUACCUCAGCUGAGGUUGGUUGGUGAUGUCCUGAGCACUAGAUACGAGGGCGCUUCUCACGUUAAGGUAGUAGAGAGAAAAAAAGGCAAAAAUAUAAGAAAACUGAGACCGCUACACCCAGAUAUAAAGAAACCGAAUAAAACUGAUCUGGUCUACCUCGAGGACUCCCCAGACUACUGUGAACCGAAUGAUGAGCUAGGAAUAUUGGGCACGAAAGGCAGGACAUGCAAUAGGACAUCGGCGGGCUUGGACGGGUGUCGAUUGCUUUGCUGCGGUCGAGGAUACCAAACCAGAGUGAGGGACCACGAAGAAAAAUGCAGAUGCCGUUUCGUUUGGUGUUGCCGGGUGCAUUGCGAAAUAUGUCGGUCAAAACGUGAUCACCACGUUUGUAAUUGAAUAAAGACUUUGUUUGCCAAUUUUAUUUAAUAGCCAUGCAGGAAAGGUUAAGAAAAGCAAAAAAGAUCGAGUCUGUGAAGAUUAUUUGCAAGUGAUUUAUGGAAAUAUACUCUCAAAGUAAUAGCACAACGUUUAAUCAAAGCACACUUAAAUUUCCAAGGAAUUUCCCUCGA